AUGGCUACUACAAGAGCCACUUUUGUAAACUGUAUAUGCAUGACAUGCUUGUAUAUCCUGAUUAUUUCACUACAACACUGCAAGUCAACUGAUAUAUUGACUAAAGUAAGUCCAAUCUCAUUACAGCAGACUCUUGUCUCUUCCAAUCAAGUCUUUGAGCUAGGGUUCUUCAGUCCAAGUAAUUCAAGUAACCGAUAUCUCGGUAUAUGGUUCAAAAAUAUUCUCCCAAGAAAAUUUAUAUGGGUUGCAAACAGACAAAAUCCAAUCUCAGUUUCCGACACCAAUCCCACCCUCACAAUUGGCAACAAUGGGAACCUGAGAAUCCUAGAUGAUGACCAAAAGACUGUUUGGUCAACAAGCAUAAAAGUCCAGUCAAACGAAACAAUCGCAAAGCUUACAGACACAGGAUGUUUUGCUCUUAACGAUACCAUCUCAGGGUUGACUUUGUGGGAAAGUUUUGACUAUCCUGGUAACACUCUAUUACCAGGCAUGAGAGUUGGGACGAAUGGGAAAACACAAGGGAAAGAUUUGUUGACAUCAUGGAAAAGUGAUAAUGAUCCAACACUUGGAGAUUUUGUAGUUGGGCUUUCGGAAGAGCAGCCACCACAGGCUUUCACAUGGCGUGGUUCAAAACCGUAUUGGAGAAGUGGGCCAUGGGAUGGAGGAAAGUUUAUAGGGAUACCAGAGCUUGAGGCUGGCUACUCGAAUCUAAUGACUCUCAUGCCUGAGAACUCACAAGGAGGAGCAUACAUCAGCAUUAACAUUCAUAGCUCAUCAGAUAUCAGAUGGCUUUAUUUAAGAGAUAAUGGUGUGUUGGAGUUGAAUUCCUUGGAUGAUGUUCGUAACAUAUGGGAGUUUAGGUGGGAAGCACCUGCGAAUCCUUGUGAUGUUUAUGGAGUUUGUGGUGUUUUUUCAAUUUGUACAAACAAGACUCGUAUUUGUGAGUGCUUAAAAGGGUUUGUACCACAGUCAAAAGAUGAAUGGAGUAUAAGUAAUUGGACUAGGGGUUGUGUGAGACGAAAUGAACUUUUGUGUGAGAAGAAUGAAAGUAUUUUGGCUUCUGGAAAAAGUAAACCGGAUAAGUUUCAGGUGGUAAGUGGGAUCAAGCUCCCAGAUUAUUAUCAAUACUUUCCUUACAUGGAUACGGAUGAUUGCAAGAGCUUGUGUUUGGGUAACUGUUCUUGUAAGGCGUAUGCUUUUGUGGAAGGGAUAAACUGCAUGAUUUGGGAACAAGAGCUUAUUGAUAUCGAGAAGUUUUCAUUUGGUGGGGAGAAUCUUUUCUUGCGCCUUGCCUUUGAGGAAUCAGGUGAAGAAACAAAAGGAGCAGCAGUAGCAGUUGCCAUCAGUAUCUCAGCCAUAGGUGGUGUACUUGCCUUAGGUGGUUUCAUAUUGUGUUUAUACAAGUGGAAAAAAAAUAAAAAGGGAAAGAAAACAAAGUUGAAUCACUUAAGUUCGGAGGAUCAUAUUGUCUUAAAGGAUACGCUACAAGAAGAUGAGCUUAGCAAGGAGUCUUAUGAAUUGCCUAUAUAUAAGUUCCAACAAAUAAUAGCUGCCACCGAAAACUUUAGCUACAGAAACAAACUUGGUGAAGGAGGAUUCGGUGCUGUUUAUAAGGGAAUGUUAGAUAAUGGACAGCAGAUAGCAGUGAAAAGGCUGUCAGGUCAUUCUGGGCAAGGAUUUGAAGAGUUUAAGAAUGAAAUCGUGUUGAUUUCUAAGCUCCAACACAGGAAUCUUGUUAAACUUUUGGGUUGCUGCUUUGAAGGGAAAGAAAGAUCAUUGAUUUAUGAGUACAUGAUAAACAAAAGCUUGGACACCUUUCUAUUUGAUCCAAAGAAACGUAUGCAACUUGAUUGGGCGACUCGUUUCAACAUCAUUCAAGGAAUUGGUCGUGGACUUAUUUAUCUCCAUCGGGAUUCUAGUUUAAGGAUCAUACAUAGGGAUUUGAAAUGUAGCAAUAUUCUACUAGAUGACAAAAUGAAUCCCAAGAUAUCAGAUUUUGGAUUGGCACGUACUUUUCAAAUAACACAAGAGCUAGCAAAUACUCGCAGGAUUGUUGGAACAUAUGGCUAUAUGUCUCCUGAAUACGCCAUGAGAGGAGUAAUUUCAGAGAAAUCGGAUGUAUUUAGUUAUGGAGUAAUGCUAUUGGAGAUUAUAAGUGGUAAAAGGAAUACCGAAUUCAUACAUAACGAACAAAUCUAUCCACUCGAACACGCAUGGAAGUCAUGGAAUGAAGGGCAAGGAGUAGAAUUGAUCGAUGAGACAUUAGGAGUGUCAACAGAAGGUUUGAGAUGCAUACACGUGGGACUUCUUUGUGUUCAGGAUUUGGCUGAGGAUAGGCCAACAAUGACAGAAGCAGUGUCUAUGUUAUGCAGUGAAACUCAUCUCCCAGAGCCAAAAAUGCCAUUAUUUACUUUACAAAGGUUGUCUAGUACCAAUGGCAUUGGUCAGGAAUUCAAGAACAUGUGUUCUAGAAAUACAGUCACUCUAUCCAUGAUGGAAGGGCGAUAGCAAGUAAUUGAGCUAACAUAUCUAUUUGUUAUAUAUGUAUGAUUUGUAAUUAGCUGACUUGGCUCUCAAGC